UCCUCUUCCUGCGCGCGCGUUGGGCCAUCGGUGCCCGAGGCUGUCAGACCUGGAGUCAGUCAUCAGGCACUUCGAGUCUAUGUGAGGGAGAGGGAACUAAGGACGACGGCGGAGGCAGGGGAGGGAAAAAAAAAUAACGAAAUAAAAACAAACGCCGGCGGUUAUGGAAGUGAAGGAACUCGACGGAAACGAAUGGAAGUACCACGGGGAAGGCAAUCGGAGUUUGGUUGUUUCCCACGUCCAGCCUCGUUUGCAGCGAGUUCCGGAUGACUGAAGUGUACUAGUUACGGUCAUCAGUCCCACUAAUGAAAAGUGAUAUGAAAUGACUUUGAAUCUGUGCACAUUGGAGGCUCAGUAGCAUUGUCAAGUACUGCGUUUCCUGAAAUUUCCCAUUGAACUUGCACAGCCAAAUCAGGCACUGGAAGAAGCUCCCCGUCGACUGAAAAAUAUUGUAGAUUUCAGUAAACAUGUGAUGAAGCUUUUAUUGGGUGAUAACUUUGUACAACCUGGGGAGGUUAUACAGUUACCACUGGACUUCGUAAGACAUCUAGCAUUGAAGAUCCAACCGGAAAGGCCAGGAUCACGUUGUAAUAAAGUGAUGGAUGCCUUUAGUGGGUAUGCUUUAUGCCUUCCAGAUCUCACCAAAUUCCAAACCUGCCAUCAAAUUGCAAAACGACCACCCCUUUGUAUAGAAAUCAAGCCUAAAUGUGGAUUUAUCCCCUUCUCAAGUCACAUUGCCAAGGACAUUAAGCGGCAUGUGUGUCGCUAUUGCAUGCACCAACAUCUGAAGGUGGCCAAUGGAAAAUGGAAGAGGAUUAGCAAAUAUUGCCCUCUUGAUCUUUUCUCAGGGAAUAAACAACGAAUGCACAUUGCCUUGAAAAGUUUGCUACAGGAGCCCCAGAACAACUUAAAAAUCUUUAAGAAUGGAGAGUUAAUAUUUGGCUGUAAAGAUGACCAGGACUACUUAAUGGAUCUGAAUGAACUUGCUAAUCAUUUGAAAGCUUACUUCUUUCCUGCUAACGGUGUGGUUAGUGGACUGCAAUGCACAAGAACUGUUAUCCGUGAACUUAUUCAUGUAAUAACAAUAGCUUUGGUGAGCAAUGUAGACACUUGCAAGACAGGUGAUAUGAAGAGAACACUUGUCUCAGAGGAAAGGAGUCACUGUGAAGCAAGUCAUUUUCGCAGAGAAGUUUUACGAAAUGGUAUUCAUGUAGUGGAAAAUUCUGGCUUGCCUAAAGGUUGUGUUCUUUCUCGGAUCCUUCAAGUGCAGAUGCUUGAUAUGAUGGACAUUGAUGGAAUCUAUCCUUUAUAUUUGAGAGUUCAACAGCACAUAGAGGAAUUUCCAACAGACAGGAGUAGGUUACAUUUAGAUGGCCCUUAUAACGAAGCCUUUUAUGAAAAUCUAUCAGAUUGUCAUUCACAAGAUGAUGAAACAGUGGACUAUGCAGCCCAAAAGAUUCAUCAGUACAGGGUUGCCACAACGGCCAAGGAUUGCUCCAUCAUGAUAGCACUUUCUCCUUGUCCUCUGGAAGAACGGCCUGAACCACGUACCACAAUUCAGACAUCAAGGGCUUGCUUUGUAUAUUCUGUCGCUAUUCUAGAUUUGGAUCCCAAACCAUAUGAGAACAUUGCACACCAGUACAAACUUGACGGGAAGAUAAUAAACUUUUACGUGCAGAGCAUGAGGGCUAAAAAGGAUGUUACCACUCCAAACUUUUACAAGGAAAAUGAAGAAUGCACACUGUUUUUUCAUUCAGCAUGAGCUCUUCUAGGGCAUUGCUAUUCAUCUUAAAAAGUAAAAGGACUGUACUGACUGAGAGGCCACAACCACAAGUGAGAAGUUUAGAAAAUAUCUGUCCUGAGUAGAUUUGAAUAUUGAAGUUGGCAAGAAUAAUUUCUAAUUGUGAACAUCACUCACUAAGCUUAAUAGAUUGGUUUGCACCAAUAAGAAAAAUAGCACUAAACAGCUUUUACUGAAAAAUCCAAAAACUCCUCAUCUUGAAAGGAAACUACAGAUUGUAAAUACUAAAGCACAAUAAUUAAGGGUUUCAGUAGAGUCAGUUGAAUAGUGUUCCAGAAUGCUUUAUCUUGGAGAGUUGGGGAAGUUUUUAAAAAGCAGCUAAAUAAAAACCUUUAGUUACAAAGCACUGAAAUAUAUGAGAAACAUGUCCAAUAACAAAAUCUCAAGGAAAGUAAUUUUUUUAUUGUUGCAAUUUUUUUUUAAGUUUCAAAAGUGUGGGUUAAGGCAAUUGUCAUGAACUUGAUUAAAAUUGCCCAUUUACUUGACUUUAGCUCAUCACAGGAAUUGCUGCUGGGAGUGACAUUUGCUUUUUCACUGUUUUAGUUAGUACCACUUCUGCCAGUUGGUGAAUAUUGCCACAGUUAGUGCACAUGACUGUCCUAACUCCUUGUAGUUCUACAUCUGAUCUAAUCAUUUUAGAACAGGGCCAUUGAAAUUGGGGAUUUUCUAGUUGAGUAACCUUCAACCUGUCAAAAUGGCUUGCAAGAGUUAGGGCAAAGAAUUAAAAGUGUAAGCAGUAUUUGUAUUGAUGAAUAUGAAGCAUUACUAUCCCAAGGUUUUAACAGAUACUUGAUACUAAACUCAUUUUCAGGAAUACAAAUUGCAAAGGAUGCCGAUUUAUUGUUUAACUGUCUUCUGAAUGUCAGGGUUAGAAUUAAACUUGACGGAAUGGCCAUAGCAUUUUGUAUUUUUAAGAGUACUUUAUUUUAAGUGGGGUAUUAUUUUUCUGUCAGCAUAUGUGUCAGUGCAUUACAUACCCUGAAGUAACUCACUUUGGAGAAGUAAAAAUUCUGACAAGUUUAUUAAGAAAUUUUUAAAGGGUUGAGUGGGUUUGACAAUUCCUGGGCUUUUGGAAUACAUUGUCGGAAAACUAGAGGCACACUGAUUUUCAAUCCACUGAAAUACAUGAGUGAAAAAUCAUCUAACUAUGCCCUGGCUAGUUCACAAGUUGCAUUUCCAGUGAGUGCCAGAUUGCGGAGUCACCUCCAGUUGAUUUAAGGUUUUUUUUUGUUUAAAUAAAAAUUAGAAUUGAUGCUUAUUCUAGAAAAUUGUUUUUAUUCCUAACUGUAAUUAAAUUGAUUUUGUAAUAGCUGUUUAAAAACAUCAGUCAAAAUGUGCACUGAUUGGGGCUGUCUAUUUAACCAGAAUCAAAAUGCCACUUCAGUGUAUAUGUUUGUUUACAAGUACGACUAAUAAACAAUAACAGAGUUAAAGUGCUAAA